CUGUGACUGCCGGCCCGGCUUGUUUUUUAAGGGAAAUGAGCUUUAGAAACUGUAAGAAGUUUUCUCCGCGCUAGACGGAGUUUAUAUCCUGUCCGGCUACAAUAAUUGUAUCCCAGGGAGUUAUCAGAAGAUCAAGGCUAGAACAUUACCUCACUUGGUCCAUUGCGGAAUUCUAGUGACCAUGGAGCAGCAUAUCGCUUUGAUAAAGAAAGUGAAUGCUACCUCCGCUGUCAAGUCUGUACUGGAUGUGGCUGAUAACCUACAGCUUAGUCUGGGUCCUGAGCCCACUGCGGAGGAGAUAGGGUUAAGCAGUGGUGAGCCGCAGCAUUCUGUGCCAAUCCUUGGGAAUGAAGACCUAAAGCAAAUGUUGGAAAGCAACAAAGACUCUGCCAAACUUGAUGCAAUGAAAAGGAUUGUUGGGAUGAUUUCAGCUGGAAAAAAUGCCUCUGAGUUAUUUCCGGCAGUUGUGAAGAAUGUCGCCAGCAAAAAUCUUGAGAUAAAAAAGCUGGUGUACGUUUACCUGGUACGAUAUGCCGAGGAGCAGCAAGACCUGGCGCUCUUAUCCAUCGCCACGUUUCAGCGUGGUUUAAAAGAUCCUAAUCAACUUAUACGGGCAAGUGCUUUGCGGGUUUUAUCCAGUAUCCGUGUGCCAAUUAUUGUCCCCAUAAUGAUGCUGGCUAUAAAAGAAGCCGCAGCAGACUUGUCACCCUAUGUGCGGAAGACGGCAGCGCACGCGAUCCAGAAGCUUUAUAGCCUUGAUCCAGAGCAGAAGGACAUGCUUAUUGAGAUUAUAGAGAAACUACUUAAAGAUAAAAGCACGCUUGUUGCAGGUAGUGUUGUGAUGGCCUUUGAAGAGGUUUGUCCAGACCGCAAUGACCUAAUUCACAAAAAUUAUCGAAAACUGUGUAACCUACUGGUGGAUGUGGAGGAAUGGGGCCAAGUGGUGAUAAUUCACAUGCUGACUCGGUAUGCUCGUACUCAGUUUGUCAGCCCAUGGACACAGGACGAAACUGAGGAUGGCACUGCAAACAACUUUUACGAUUCCGAUGAAGAAGAUGAGAAGCCUUCUGACCUGAGAAAGCCAUACACAAUGGAUCCAGACCACAGGCUACUAUUAAGAAAUACCAAACCUUUACUACAAAGCAGAAACGCUGCGGUUGUAAUGGCAGUAGCACAGCUGUAUUGGCACUUGGCACCAAAAUCUGAAAUUAUUACAAUUGCUAAAUCCCUGGUCCGUCUGCUCCGCAGUUAUAGGGAGGUUCAAUAUAUCGUUCUUCAGAACAUUGCCACGAUGUCCAUACAGAGGAAGGGUUUGUUUGAGCCAUUUUUAAAGAGCUUCUAUGUUCGAUCAACUGACCCUACUAUGAUAAAAACUCUAAAGCUUGAAAUACUGACAAACCUGGCAAAUGAAGCAAACAUCUCCACUCUGCUCCGUGAAUUUCAGACCUAUGUAAAAAGCCAGGACAAGCAGUUUGCCGCAGCCACAAUUCAGGCAAUAGGACGAUGUGCCACGUAUAUAUCUGCUGUGACUGACACGUGUCUUAAUGGCCUUGUGUACCUAUUGUCAAACAGAGAUGAUGUUGUGGUGGCAGAAAGUGUGGUGGUAAUCAAAAAUCUUCUACAAACUCAGCCGAGUCAGCAUGGCGAAAUAAUAAAACAUAUGGCAAAGCUCCUGGACAAAAUUACUGUUCCCAUGGCAAGGGCCAGCAUUUUAUGGCUUAUUGGAGAGUAUUGUGAGCGAGUGCCUAAAAUUGCGCCCGAUGUACUGCGGAAAAUGGCAAAGAGCUUCACCAAUGAGGAUGACCUGGUCAGGUUGCAGACAUUAAACCUUGCAGCAAAGCUGUACUUAACUAAUUCCAAACAGACAAAAUUGCUUACUCAGUACAUAUUAAAUCUUGGCAAAUACGAUCAGAAUUACGAUAUCAGGGACCGCACGCGUUUUGUAAAACAGCUUAUUAUUCCAAAUGAGAAGAGUGGAGCUCUGAGUAAAUAUGCCAAGAGAAUAUUUCUGGCCCAGAAACCAGCUCCUGUACUAGAAUCUCCUUUCAAAGAUCGAGAUCGUUUCCAGCUUGGUACUCUAUCGCACACGCUGAAUGCUAAGGCUUCUGGGUACUUGGAGCUGUCUGACUGGCCAGAGGUAGCACCUGAUCCCUCUGUUCGCAAUGUGGAAGUUAUUGAACCGGCUACAACAUGGACUACUUCAGUUGGAAAACCUAAGAAAGAAAAGAAUACCUCAGAUAAGUUUUACUCUUCGGAUGAAGAGGAUAAGGAGUCUGCAGCAUCCAGUGAUGAAGAAUCUGGUAGCGAGGAGGAUAGCGAUGAUCAGGAAGACAGUAGCAGUGAAGAAAGUGAGGAGAGCUCUUCCAGUGAAGAGGACAAGUCAAGCAAUGAAAAAUAUCCAACCAAAGGGAAGAAAAGUAAACCUGAUAGUGAUUCUGAAGAUGAAAAGAAUGGAAAUGCAGUGCAGAGUGAAGUUUCCAGCACUUCAUCCUCUUCUGGAAGUUCAGAAUCUGAAGAGGACAGUGAAUCAGAACCAGAAGCACCAAGAAUCGCGACCAAAGCUAAGAAAACUGAAAGUAAACCAUCUAAACAGAAGGAACCUUCUAGGAAACAAGUCGUAACCCUUCUAGACCUGGAUGAUUUUAAUAAUGAAUCGACUACAGUAGCCCUCCCCAAACCUGCCAUCCUUUCUCCCAGUUUAAUUUCAGACCUUCACGGCUUAUCCCUUUCUACACCAUCUCCUGUAAUAAAUGUGUGCAUGUCAUCUUUUUUCCCUACAAAGGCACAUGAACUUCUCCAUCGAAUGAGUGGCAAAGGUCUUUCAGCUCACUACAACUUCCCACGACAGCCAUGUAUUUUUGGGGCUCAAAUGGUCUCUGUGCAAAUUACUUUUAACAAUUCCAGUGACAAGAAAGUAGAAGACAUUCACAUAGAAGAAAAGAAAUCUGAUUUGAAGAUGCAUUUGUUCAGCCCAGUAGAUUCUCUGGAGCCAGAGGGAUCCAUUACUGUCUCAAUGGGUAUUGACUUUUGUGAUUCAACUCAGACUGCCAGCUUCCAGUUGUGCACCAAAGAGGACAAGUUUUCUGUUAAAAUACAACCACCACCCGGAGAACUUCUCUUACCAGUAACCAUGUCAGAAAUGGACUUUAAAAAAGAACAAGCAAAGCUGACGGGCAUGAAUGAGAGUUCAGAGACUAUUACAGUAUCUCCAAACAACAGUACACCGCAAGCGCUGGUACAGAAGUUUUUAGCUGCUGCCAACCUUGGGGUUAUGGCCUCAGGCCAAAAUAAUAUACACAGAUUUGCAGCAAAGACUGUGCACAGUGGGUCAUUGAUGCUGGUCACAGUGGAGCUGAAGGAAGGCUCUACAGCUCAGCUCAUCAUAAACACAGAGAAGACGGUGAUUGGCUCAGUUCUGCUGCGGGAGCUGAAGCCUGUCCUGUCCCAGGGGUAACCAGCUUACAUCUGGACUUCAGAAUCUGGCACAAAACAAAAGUGCCUGGCAUCCACUACUGCUGCCUUUCAUUUAUAAUAAUAGCCCUUCCAUCUGGCAGUAGUGGGAAGAAUACACUCUGGACAAUCUUGUCUCCUGCUUCAGAAUGCUCGUAUCUAUCAUGUAUGCAAGUCCUUGUGAUAGUGGAGUUUGCUAAUCAAAGAUCAUACAUUUUACUGUCACUUAUCCCUGCCAUUUGUUACAUUUUCUAGCAGUUAUUGGAAAGCCUAUGUUUUUUGUCUAUAAUACCCAUCCAUUGAACACUUUUGGUCUGGGUAAAACAUUGUUACAGUGUGCCACUUGAGAUAUCUCCACGAUACUAAAGUGGCCAUGGCUGAUUCUUUGACAUUCAUAUGUAUUUGGUAAAAAUCAUGGACUACACUGCCAAAUUAUUUUAUACAGUUAUGUCAUUCCUACAAUGUGAAAUACAUUGUUGAAUAAAUGUUACUGAAUAUGA